UCUUCCAUGGCUGUGCGUCUCGGCUGGCUUGCGCCUCGGGCCUGCCGGCGAGUUUUAAAAAGAGCAUUUUCACUGCAUAAAGAACAUUCGAUAAAGGAUAUGGAAAAUACUUUUCAAUUGGUGAGAAAUAUUGUACCUCCUCUAACUACCAAGAAGCACAAAGGGCAAGAUGGAAGAAUAGGCAUAGUUGGAGGCUGCCAAGAGUACACCGGAGCACCUUAUUUUGCAGCAAUCUCAGCUCUGAAAGUGGGUGCAGAUUUAUCCCAUGUGUUUUGUACCCGGGAGGCUGCACCUGUGAUCAAGUCAUACAGCCCGGAGCUGAUUGUUCACCCGGUUCUUGACAGCCCUGAUGCCGUGAGUGAAGUGGAAAAGUGGUUGCCCCGACUGCAUGCCCUGGUUGUAGGACCUGGCUUGGGGAGAGAUGAUGCUCUUCUUGAAAAUGUCAAGGGCAUUUUAGAAGCGUCAAAGGCCAGAGCCAUCCCUGUCGUCAUUGAUGCAGACGGGCUGUGGCUGAUUGCUCAGCAGCCACUCCUCAUUCAAGGCUAUGAAAAGGCCGUUCUCACUCCCAACUACAUGGAGUUCAGCAGACUCUUUGAAGCUGUGCUGAGAGACCCCCUGGACAGCAGUGAUCGCCGUGGAGCUGUGCUGAGACUCAGCCAGGCCCUGGGGAAUGUGACCGUGGUCCAGAAAGGGGAGCAGGACGUGAUCUCCGACGGCAAACAGGUGCUCGAGUGCAACCUGCAGGGCAGUAACCGCAGGUGUGGUGGGCAAGGAGACCUCCUGUCAGGCUCCCUGGGCGUUAUGGUGCACUGGGCACUCCACGCUGGAUCUGAGAAAACAAAUGGUUUCAGCCCUCUCCUCGUGGCUGCCUUUGGCGCGUGCUCCCUCACAAGACAGUGCAACCACCAAGCCUUCCAGAAGCACGGCCGCUCGACCACCACCACUGACAUGAUCGCAGAGGUUGGACCUGCAUUCAGCAGACUCUUCGAAACCUGAGCCAGUGCAAAUGGGAAGAAAGUGGGCCUCGUGACGGGAGAAACUGCAUUCAUACUGGGAACAUCCACUUCCAAUAGGUCUGAGUCCUCUGGGUAGCAGAGCAGCCUGGACUGCUUGGGAGGUUUAUAAGUCUAGGGCACAUGGGUUGAUGUAGAGAAUUCAAGAAUUGGGAAUGCAGCAAUUUUUGGCUAAAUUAAUAUGCAGUUUGAGUUGUUAUAAUGCCACUAAACAAAGAACUUGAACUUCUCUUAGCUUCCCAG